AUGUCAUCCGCGACAAAUAUCCACCUGUCAGGUGUGGCACUAAAUACCAUCGUCCUUACCUAUGUGUUCCUUUUUCUUGCUCUCAUAGUAGCUGUCGACCACGUGUACUUCCGCAGGAUAAUAAAAAACUCCUUCAGAUGGGACGACAUGAUCACCUUGUGUGCAUUCAUUCUAUCGCUUGCAUUAGUUGGCCAGAUCACUUGGGCUGUCAUCGACGGAGGCCAAGGCCAGCAUGUCUCGAACGUCACAAAGGGCCAUUUCGGCAUUAUGGCUAAGGCGAUAUUUGUGGCAGUAUUCAUAUGUCGUCCUAUUCAGGCGUCGUACUUGGACGUACCCGGAUCUUGUGGCAACCAGAUGGUGGCAUUUGUCAGUCUCGAAAUUGGCGGUCUACUUUUGGAUAUCGCGAUCACAGGAAUUCCUUGCCAACAAAUAUUGAACUUCUCGGGGCGAAAACGAGACCAUGUCAAUAAUCUGGUUGUUUUCUCUGCAGGUGGGCUGGUCACUAUUAUCACGGCACUGCGUAUUGCAGCUUUGCACCGGGUGAACACCUCUGACUUUAGCUAUGAUCAAGGCUAUAUGGGUCUUCUUUCGACUAUCGGCGGCAUUCUCGGUCUUAUUGUUUGUUGCGCCGUUUCCAUCUCCUGGCGUAUACGGCAUAGCAAUCUCUUCCACUACAUCAUUAGUCGGAUGAGGCUAUUUGACAGUAACAGGAGCGCUCAGUUCAGCAAUGACAAAGAACCGAGUUCACCCUCGGAGAAGGUGAAAUUAGGUAUCUGGCUGAUGCCACCUCACAAAAAUUCGAUUCUUGAAAAGAUACUUGAGAAUGCACAUCACCUCGCAUUGUCCCAAAGGUACCCGCUUGUCUCGACGUUUUCUUACCGGCUGGGUUUAUUACUAGCAUCGCUCUACCGCAGACCGACAAGUAGCUUGUCGAGAAUCCAGAUAUGGGCGCAGAUCAUUUGGAAUUCUCACGGCCGUGGGAUCCUUACGGGACUCAACACCUGGAGAGGAGUACAGUCAACAAUGAACCCGUCGUUUGACUGGGCGUCGGAAACAGAACACGGGCACGUGGAACACGCGAUAUGCUCACAACCAGAGCGAGGAAAGUACGCGUUCCUUAAAAAAGUUCAGUUAGGCUACGACGUUUUCAUCAAAUUUGAGUUCCCAGAUAUUCUCACCAUACAGAAAAGACAAAACCCGAAGAGUGCCAUUGUUAGAGCUCAGCUGUACGUCAACGGCUUUCAGUUGGGAAAUACGACUUCCUCCCCUGUCCCCGAGGGCACUACGAAGGAGACAGCCAGCGAGAGGCGAUGA